GAGCGCAACAUCAGUCUGCGUUCAAACUCCGACGCGUUCGCACGCGCCACGCGAGUGUCGUGCAUGUGCAUUGUGACGUCCUACCAGUGCGCAGUGGAGAACCGGGCCGGCGCCGCAGGGCCUGCGAUCGGCCCGGGCGGUAUGGAGUCCCCGCAGAUGUACGACGCGGCGGCGGCACCGCCUCCGCCGCCCCAGCCGGACCUUAAGAAGGCUGCAGAAGAUAAGAGAACACCCUUCCCGCCCCCGGACCUCGACGAGCUCAAUGGCCAGGAGAUCAGCCUCGACCUGCAGCACCUCAUCGAGGACCAGUUCCGCGGUGAGGAGACAAUGGCGCUCUUCCAGGAGAUACUUCCUGGAGGGCGCUCGCCCCAGCAGAGACCCUUCGCCAGGACCACACUCGCAUACAUGCCGCAGCCGGUACAUUCCGGUGCAUCAUACGCGGCGCCGGUGCAGUCCAACUCGCACGAACAGGCACCACCGAUCAAAGAGGAACCCCCAGAGCCUCACGACUUCAGAAGAUCAGUGACCUGUGCACAGUACACGGGACAGUAUAACCCUCAGCCGCCGGUCGGCGUGAGUGGGCCUUACGGGGGUGGUUUCACGCCGUUACCUCCUCUGGGAGCGCCUCUGCUACCUCCCCUGUUGAAGCACAAACCAGCACCACCUCGACGAUCAUCAGGGAAAGUUAUCGACAAAGGCACAGAUGAGUACAGGAGAAGGAGGGAGCGCAAUAAUAUAGCAGUGAGGAAGUCCCGCGAAAAAGCCAAAGUACGUUCGAGGGAAGUGGAGGAAAAGGUAAAAACUUUAUUGAGGGAAAAAGAGGCUUUGCUAAAGAGGCUCGAGGCGGUGUCCGGAGAGCUGAGCCUCCACAAGCAGAUGUAUGUGCACCUAAUCAAUCUGAACCACCCGGAGAUUACGGAGCUGUGCCGGUCCAUGCUGCAGCUGGGAGCUCCUCACGGGCCGGAUCACUCGCUCUGACCAUAGAUCGAGAAAACAAGUUAUUGGUGAAUGAACUCCGUGUGAUAUCGUGCAUUAGACUUAAUUAAUUGACGCCUUUAAAUAAGCCUAGUUAGCGAAAUUACUUUGUGAUUUAUACCGUUUACUUUUAUACAAAUAUACAUGGAUAUUUUUAGGUUAUAUUUUUUCGAUAGAUGUCAAUCUUGAACAUGAAUUUAUGCCACAAUGAUGUGAUCUCAAAAGUGGUGGCCGAAUUUAUUGUUCAA